AGGGCCGUCAGGAUAUCUGUCUGAGUUGUUUGGUUUUGACUCCGCACAGAACUCGGCCGGGGCUAGCACCUUCCAAUGCUACCCAAGGUCGCAACCCAGCUCCUCCACAGCACUUCUCGGGCAGCUGUCGCGGCCCAGAACCAAUCCCAUCAUACACUCCGCAAUGUCCUCCAUUCCUCAUCCAGCUCGUCACCCGCGGGUGCCCGCGCGGGACCCAGCUCGAGUGGGGGGUCGAGCAAUGGGCCUGGGCCGGGAGGUCAAAAGUACACCGGCAGUCGUUUCCAGUCGGGCUACGGCGGCGCUGGUCGCGCGGUGACGCAGGCUAACGCCAUGUCGUCGCAGGACACAAGCGUCGCGCCGACCGACGAGGAAGAACAGGAUUUGGUCAUAUCCCACCGUGUCUCGUUGAACACUUCCUCGCGCAAACGCCCGCGUAGCUACAGCCUCUCGUCCUCGUCUUCUCCCUCCCCGAACGCGCCGCCGGCAGGCAUCCUCAAGACUGUGCAGUUGCAUGCGCGGUCAAGGCACGCUUUCACAGCGGCGCUUUCCCCAGACGAACAGGACGCGGCAGUCGCACCCCCUGCGCCGGCUCUGGUUCGUAGGAACUCGACAUCGAGUUCGCCUCCGUCUCCCCGUCUGGUUGCCGCCGAAGAGGCUGCAGCUCUUCCUCCACUGCAUUCCUCGGCAACAGCGCCUCUCCCUCCGCUCUCCGCCACCGCUCUAGAUUCUGCAGACCCCGCUGCUCCGCAAACAGUGGAGCCUCCCCGUCCUCCGCCGGAAUCAGCAGCCGUGCAUGCCAUCCGUCGUGCGCAGAUGGCAGGCAAUGUGAAUGGUGUUGCGCAAGCUAUUAGAGAACACCUUGUUGACACGUCUGCUUCUCUUUCCGUCCGGGACUUCAACAUAGCGAUCGAAGCGCUGCGGGAGGCACGGCAGAAAGAUCAGUCGUUGACUCUGCUACUGCAGACGUACGGUUCAAUGCUCAAGAAAGGUGUCCUGCCCAAUCUGCAGACUUACGUCGAGCUCAUACUGGCCAUCGGGGACCGCGACAACGAGAUCCAUACGGCCAUUACCACGAUACGUUCACGCGGGCCAGUCUCCAAGUCCAACGCGCAGAAGAUUGAGCGCCUGCAGGCCGAAAACACGUUUGACUCUGCGAUGAAGCUGUUUGAGACGAUCAACACGCCUGAAUACUUGAAGUCGCUUCGGAUGCAUGUCUUCGUUGCUCUGUUGCGGCUUUGCGCAAACCACGGGCGUCAGGAUGCGGCCGUUCAUGUCUUGAGUGCUCUGGAACGAACUCAACUCACCCCGUCUGCGGCGGUCUUCCGACAUAUGAUCAGAGUCUAUGCGACGCCCACAAGCGUCGACAAUGCUGAAAUCAUCUUCAAGGAUUUCUUGGACCGUGCUUCGUCCGGAAAGUUGCUCUGGAAGGCCCCGGCUAUCGACAUAGACCAGUCACGGCGCCAAUACCUACAGGUCUACAACGAAAUGGUCUCCACGUACUUUGUUGCUGGUCGGCCUGACAAGGCCGUUGAGCUCCUCGAACGGAUGAUGUCCUCCACUGCAGCACCGGAAUUCGCGCAAGUGGACACGCCUCAUCCAGCGCCUUCGACAUACACUGCGAUCAUUUCUGGGUUUAUUCGCUCUGGGGACCUCGACACCGCCAUCACAUGGUUCCAGCGUUUGCUGGCUCAGCAGACAGUCGCCGGGAAACCCUUCGAAUGUUCUACGGCGUGCUUGACCUGA